AUGCCCGAAAUACAGACGACCAUUAUUCCCCACAACCAAGAGCCGUAUGUCACCCGCACGUACCCUACUGAGGCAGAACUCGAUACGGUCAUCGCGAAGGCUGCUGUAGCGCAGAAGUCAUGGAGCGCUGUUCCGCUUGACCAGAGGAUAGCUAUCGGCAGGAGAUUCACGGAGGAAUUCAAGAAGAUGGGGGACGAGAUUCCGAAGGAGUUGUCGUUGCAGAUGGGCAGACCCGUUUCCCAAGGUGCUGGGGAGAUCCGUGGAUUCCUCGAACGCGCAAACUACAUGCUCGACAUCGCUGUAUUAAGCCUGGCCGACACCACCCUCGAGAGCACCGAUAAGCCUGGUUUCCGCCGCUUCAUCAAGCGGGCACCUUUAGGUGUCAUCCUCGUGAUUGCACCUUGGAAUUUCCCCUAUCUCGUCUCUAUCAACUCGGUUUUACCUGCUAUCAUCGCUGGAAAUGCUGUCCUCUUGAAGCCGUCUCCCCAGACGCCUCUCACCGCCGAGAGGUUCGCGCUUGCGCUGACGCGUGCGGGAGUACCGGAAAAUAUCAUUCAGGUCAUCCAUAUGUCUCCCGAUUUGACAAAUUCUGUGAUCAGCAAACCUGAGGUUAACUUUGUUUCUUUCACCGGAAGCGUGCCUGGCGGCCGUGCUGUUGCAAAGGCUGCAGCGGCCGCCCCAGGCUUCACUGGUGUUGCGUUGGAGCUUGGUGGAAAAGACCCAGCAUACGUCAGAGCUGAUGCUGAUCUCGAUUACACAGCUGGGGAGCUCGUAGAUGGUGCUUUCUUCAACUCUGGACAAAGUUGCUGUGCUGUCGAGCGAAUUUAUGUUCACGAAUCAGUUUACGAGUCCUUUGUCGAUAAGGUCGUAGCAAUUACGAAGACAUACAGACUUGGCGACCCCACUCUUCCAGAAACUAACCUAGGACCAGUUGUCAGCCUCGCCAGUGCAGAGCGCAUUAGGAAGCAGAUCUCCGAUGCGAUCGCAGCCGGUGCGAAGUCGUUGAUACCAGAGAGCCACUUCCCUCAAGCAAAGAGCGGGACGACCUACGUUUCGCCAACAGUCCUUGUAAAUGUUGAUCACACCAUGGAAGUCAUGACGGAAGAAACUUUCGGACCCGUUGUUGGAAUACAAAAGGUUUCAUCAGAUGAGGAGGCCGUCGAGCUAAUGAACGACUCGAUAUACGGCCUUACGGCUUCCAUCUGGACGAACGCUGAGAAGAACCCAGAAUCGGAAGCGGCGUUCCUUAAGCUUGUUGACCAGCUCGAGACGGGGACAGUCUUCCUCAACAGAUGCGACUACCUUGACCCUGCUCUCGCAUGGGUCGGUGUCAAAGACAGCGGGCGUGGUGUCAGCUUGAGCAAGUUUGGAUAUGACCAGCUAACACGGCCGAAAUCUGUGCACAUGAAGAUCAAGACGUCAUGA